UGCGAACGGUGAUGUCGGUGACGGUGCACGAGAACCGCAAGUCUCGCUCCAGCUCGGGCUCCAUGAACAUCCAGCUGUUCCACAAGCCUUCGCACUCGGACAGCCUCCUGACACAGCUCAACCUGCUGCGCAAGAGGCGCCUCUUCACGGACGUGGUGCUGUGGGCGGGCGGCCGGGACUUCCACUGCCACCGGGCAGUGCUGGCCUCCUGCAGCCGCUACUUCGAGGCCAUGUUCUCGGGCGGCAUGAAGGAGAGCCAGGACAGCAGCGUGGAUUUCCACGACUCGUUGCACCCGGAGGUGCUCGAGCUCCUGCUGGACUAUGCGUACUCAGCCCGAGUCCUGAUCAAUGAGGAGAAUGCGGAGUCCCUGCUGGAGGCCAGCGACAUGCUUCAGUUCCACGACAUCCGAGAGGCCUCGGCCGAGUUCCUCGAGAGAAACCUUCACCCCAUGAACUGCCUGGGGAUGAUGCUCCUCUCGGACGCCCACCGCUGUGACCGCCUCUUCGACUUGUCCUGGCAGAUGUGCCUGGCCAACUUCGCCGCCCUGGGCCACACCGAGGACUUCCUGCGGUUGCCCAAGGACAAGCUGGCGCAGCUCAUGCUGAGCGAGGAACUGCAGGUGGAGGACGAGAGCCUUGUGUACGAGGCCGCCAUGGGCUGGGUCAAGUUCGACGCCGACCGCAGACGCGAGCACUUGGCCGAGCUACUGAGCUGCGUGCGGUUGGCCUUACUGCCCGAGAGCUACCUGUGCGACAAGGUGGCCCGCGAGGAGUUGGUGGUCGGACACAAACUGGGCGCCGCCAUCGUCCAGGAGGCCGUGCAUUGCAAGCUGAGGAUCCUCCAGAACGACGGGCUGGUCACUUUGCCAUGCGCCAAGCCCCGGCAGGUCAGCCACGACCUGUUCCUGCUGGGCGGCCAGACCUUCGUGUGCGACAAGGUCUACGCGGUCGACCGCAAGACCAAGGCCGUCAUCCCCAGGGCUGAGGUCCCCAGCCCCCGCAAGGAGUGCAGCGCCUGUGCCCUCGGCUGCAAGGUGUACGUGACGGGGGGCCGGGGCCCUGAAAACGGGGUCUCCAAGGACGUGUGGGUGUACGACACGCUGCACGAUGAGUGGACCCGCGCGGCGCCCAUGCUGCUGGCCCGCUACGGGCACGGCUCGGCUGAGCUGGGCCACUGCGUGUACGUAGUCGGGGGCCACACAGCCGUCUCGGUCUCCUUCCCGGCCUCGCCUUCCGUCUCGCUCAAGCAGGUGGAGCAUUACGACCCGCAGACCGACAAGUGGUCGCUGGUGGCCCCGGUGCGCGAGGGUGUGAGCAACGCGGCCGUGGUGGGCGCCAAGGGGCGCCUCUUCGUGUUCGGAGGCACCAGCCUGAACCGCGACAAGCCACCUCGGGUGCAGUGCUUCGAGCCGGCAGCCAACCGCUGGACCGUGGCAGCCAACUGCCCGCAGCCCUGGCGCUGCACCUCAGCCGCCGUGGCCGGGGAGCACGUGGUGGUGAUCGGAGGCGACACCGAGUUCUCGGCCAGCUCGGCCUACCGCUUCAACUGCGAGACCUACCAGUGGUCGCGCUUCGGGGACGUGGCGGCCCGAAGGGUCAGCUGCCACGCGGUGGCCUCGGGCUGCCGGCUCUACGUGGUGGGGGGCUACUCCGGAGCCCAGCGCUGCAAGACCCUGGACUGUUACGACUCGUCCACCGACACCUGGAGCAACGUGACCACCGUACCUUACUCGCUCAUCCCCUCCGCCUUCGUCAGCACCUGGAGGUACCUGGCCACCUAGAGGGAACGUGAGCGUGAACCCCCGAAUAGAGGUGGUGGUGGGGGGACACACGCACGUCUGUGGGAGGAAGGAUUGAACUCGCCACCGUUCCCGUUGUACUUGGAGGAACUUAAGGACGUGAGAACUUUGCCGAGCGAAGGAAGACCCAGGUCCCAUCAGCUCCGCCUGCCACCAUCCAGCUCGACAUGUGGUUUAAACCUGUUGGAUUUUCAUAGCUGUGGAUUUUCUCUCGACGAGUGCGUCGGUCCAUAGAAUUUCGUCGUUUCUUGCGCUGGUUUCUUGCUGAACGCACGGCUGGGGCACAUUUGGCCCCAGCGUGUAUUCCGUUCCGAUGGCAAGCGAAUUUCAGAGCAUAGGUGGAGUUCAGUCCUAGUCUAGUUUAGAUACUCUUGAGCCCCUUGUGUUGGGUUUCUGUACGUCUCACAUACCUGGCUGAGCCCACCCCCAAAACAAAAUACUGUACUGCUCUCUGGUUCUGCUCUCCGCAUUUCCAAAGGCUCAUGGGCUCCUGGUAUUGUACACAGCACUUUAUAUUCCCGUUUAUAUUUAUUUAGGGCAGUUUAAGGUGUAUUAUGCGCCGUUUGCAGAGGAAGUACAGGUACCCUUACUGUCGAUGAGCGAAGGAAUGAAAAGGAUUGAUGAAUUGAGGCCACUGAUAACUCGUGUUAGACAUCCGUUAGCACAUAAUACAGUUUACCUCAAUAAGAACGUAUGGUUAGAAUUUUAGGAGGAGAGGCGCCUUAAGCUAUUUGACGGUGAUUUUGGAGUUCGUGGCACAGUUGGCUGGGUCGUACUGUAACGAGGAGUGAAGUGUUUCAGCCUUGUGUUCAGCAAAUAAAUGUUUGGUCUUGCAGCUGUUUCUCACCAUUGCCUCGGACAGAAUCGGUACAUUCGGAGCUUGUGUGUUCAACCUUGACUGGACUAUUUUUGUGUCGAUUAGUGGUGUCGAGGUUUUUAUUUUGCUGAGUUCCUUAACGUUGGAAUCCGGGCAUCCAUGGACUCAAACCACGUGAAUCGAUCAGUUUUCUUCGGUGUGAUGGUGGGGUGGGAGUGGGCGGUUUCCCCUCAAGUUAGAGUGAAGUAGUUCCUGUUACAGGAUGGAAUCACCCCCCACCAACCACUUCUUUUCUUGAUUAUGAAAUCGUGCAAAAUUGGCUUGAGUGACAUUUUGCCACAGUAAAGUGGGAGGAAACCCACAAUAUCUUUUUAGUACAAUCAGACUAGACUGACCUGUGUUAUGUGAGUAGGAAGUUGAUUUAUUUUUCUCCCCAACACACAAAAAAACGAUGCCAUUUUUGAGGCAACUAUUUGUCAAAAAGUGAUGCGUGUUUUUCUCUGUAAAUAAUUUUCUUCCAAAUAAUUCGUGGGUUUUUUUUUUUGCUUCCUGGAGCCGACACUUAGCUUUCCUCUCGCUGCCCACCACUAGUUUGCUGAAUUUAUCCGCAAUUUCACUCGUUUUCACGUACAUAUAAACCCCUAAAUUUGUGCAGUUUUUUUUUCUAUAUUAUUCAAUUUAAUUUAUCUCCAUUGUACAGAUCUCUCGGUGGUGGAGGGGAAGAGAGGGAGGAGAGAGAGAGACAGGUUUAGAAACUAAAUGAAGGAGUUUGACUGGAAGUUUAUUGUGUUGUCUGUUGGGAUUUAGUUUUUGGUGGGAGGUGGGGAAGAGAGAGAGAGAGAGAAGGGCGUCUCAUGAUAUUAACACAUCAACUCUCCCUUCCUCGAGACUAUUGAUAGCUUCUGACUGCAUUUUUGCUCAAUGUGAUAAUAUUACAUGGUGCAUUUUUUUCCCCCUUUUCGUCAAUGUAUGUCCUUACAACAAACUGGAUUCUUGAAUUGGUUCUAUUACACUGAAUCAUGGAACAGUACCUUCUCUCUCUCUCUCUCUCUCCGUAGCAGCUGCAGAGUGAGUGAUACGGUCCUUUCUCAUUUUAAUUAAGUCUGGUUAAUACUCUUUUAUUUGUUCUGUGUGACAGCCAAUGGCUACAAAAACUUUCAGUAAUAAAAAAAAACACCUUGUUUUUUU